GUGGGAAGAGCUUCUUUCCACUUUAAACCAGCACAGCCUACUGAAACGUAACUUCCUAAAGAAAGAGGAGGAAUCCAUAACUUGUAUCACCGCGUGACGCAGUUGUGCACAUUUUAACAGCGAAGAACCUGCUUUGCGGAAUAGUUCCAGUAAGAGGCGCCAGUUAGCCUCUCUAAUUUGGUCCACCACCCUCGAAGUAAGCUAGCCCGUUCACUCCGUUUGCUGCCGCAACCUUUUACCCGUUGUCUUCGCACGCCGACAUGCCGGGAUACAUGGACGACCCGUCGCAGCUCACCAAGGACAAGCUUAAAAGCGAGUUAAUGGCUCACAACGUGGAGCUCCCGACUGGUAACCACAAUAAAGAUGUCUACGUUCAGCUUUAUCUGGAGAAUUUGACCACGCAGAACAAAAAGCAUGUCGCCGCCGCGACUUUGGACGCCUUCUCGAGUGACGAGGAGCUGCCCCCGCCUGUUGUAUCUAGGAGAAGCCGUUCCUCCGGCAAAAAAGCACCCAAGAAGACAGAUAAGACUCGACCCAAUGAGUUGGACGUGACUACCCUGACCGAUGACUACCUGAGGGAUGAGCUGCUCAAACAUGGAGUCGAUGCCGGCCCGAUUGUGGCAUCAACGCGUAAACUGUACGAGAAGAAGCUGCAGAAACUACUUGAUGAUGGCCCUGCUCAGGCGACAGGAACGAAGAUAGUGGUCACGGAGAUCCAAGUUAAUCACAACGGCAACUCUGAAUCGGACCUCUAUAGCGACAAAGAGGACGAUGUCACAGCAGAACGGGAGCCUGAGCCAGUGCCUGAGCCAGUGGCUGAGCUCGAACCAGUUCCGGUGGUGGAGAGGCCAGUCAGGAGCCGAGGGAAAACGCCAGUCACUACUCGCACUCGCAGCAGCGAGCACAAGACUUUCCACCAUAAACAAGUGGCAACCGAGACUCUUCUCAACACAGCUCUGCUUGAGGCCGCUGAGCCACGACUUGGACCGAUGUUGGAAAACAGUUUAACUUUGACACCAGCAUUUAGGCAGGAGGUGUUUGGGUCACCAGAUGACCCGCAGCAUAAGAGACAGAAGAAAAUCACAAGCUUCCUGGCCAAAUGCAGCCCUGUGAAGACGUACGGUGGCGUCGUGAAACAGGUGGAGAAGAUAGCAGCCAGUGAGCAAACUCCCAAAGUGGACAAGAAAGAUGUCCUUGAAGAGCUCUUUGCCAAUGAUGUCAGGAGUCCAACAGGAAUCACGGUGACUUGUAGACGGCCAAUUCGAGGAGCUGCCGGGCGCCCAGUGAUCCCCAGCGAUCUGUGGAAUGUUGAAAACUCUCUUCUUUUCUCUCCCAAAACUACAAAAACCAUCAAUAACACCACCUCCUCUUCCUACACAGAGAGCCGUGUUAUCAACAGAGUCAACAGCUUGCCAAACUCCUCAAAACCUUUGUCAGGCACAUCUGUACUUGUGUCUGCAGCGCCCUCGAAUGGUCUUACUAAGGUAGUGCGCCCAGGCAUAGCUCUGUGGAAGAAGGUCCUCCUACUGGCAAUUGUGGCUGCUUUUGUGUUCUUUAUUUACCAGGCCAUGGAAACCAAUACCAUCAACCCAUUUUCAGCAGCUGAGUCCGAUGUAGCCGCCGGCAGCAAAGCAUAGAGCUUGUAGAGAAGGUAGUUUGGGAGGACUGUUUACUCAUAACAUUUUAAAUCUAUCUGUGAAUCACCAUUAGUCUUUUUUUUUUUUUAACAUAAGUGGUCUGAAAUGAUCACUGUCCGCAUUGUCCCCCCCCCCUUCUCACUGGAUGUUGAACCACCCUGAGAUCACAACAAAGCCAGACACAUACAAAAACCCCAAGUACCAUAGAAGAUGUGGACUCACUAAUACUGUAUUUUAUCUCUUUUUGUUAUUCUUAACAUGCAUGGUGUGAUUGAACUUUGUUGAGAGAUUGUUUCUCACACUUGCUUUUGAGUGCAAGUCUUAUUAGUCGUAGCCUUGGGGUUUUAUUUUGUACAUGAGCCAGCUUUGUAGGCUUAUUAUCCAAACACAGUUUAAGCCUUAUAAAUAUUUUUCUGAAGUGUUCUCUUUAUAAUAAAUGUCUUACUGCAUUCUACUUAAUUAUGCAUUUGUGUCCCAGUUGUUGACAUGCAGUACUGAAUUUACCAAAUAAACGAUAAAAAUGUGACUGUU